AUGGCCUCGGCAGGCCCCUCGGCGGCGCGCAGCGAGCGGGCGGGGCGAGGGUCGCGCGCCCUCCCGUGGGGCGCGCCCCCCCCCUCGGAGGGGGCCGCCCUCUUCGGAGGCCCCCCGCCCAGGGGCCCUCUGGAGAGUGCAGGCCGGCGACUGCGGAGGGCCCGCCGCCCCGCGGGCGCCGCUCGCGCCGGAGCCCCUGGCGCUCGUGGCGCCGCGCGGCUGCUCGAAUUCGAUGCCCGUGGCGCCCGGGGCGCCGUGGCACUCGGCCCCUAUCAGGCGAAAAGGCGUCGAUUUUCGGGCACAGUAUCGGUCACGACGCCUCCCUGA